GCGCAACUUACAGAACGGACAACACAUCUUUCCUUCGUUCCUGAAAUCUAAUUCCUCAUCUGACCACCGCCCUCCUCAUUCCCCAUUCUCAUCCCUCGUUCUCAUUCCUCUCUAAAGAAUUUUUAAACCUCGUCGAACAAUCACCAGCUCACAUAAUAUAUUAUCUUUCGCACAAUGUCAACAUCCAUCGAUGUGUCUUCAGGAUCCAUGGAGGGGAAAGAGGAGUCCCCUGCACAGAAACACCUCAAGUUCUUUAAAGGCAGUCAAUUGCCGCCGCUGAUCUCCAAUGGCCCACCCCAUGUCCUCAUUUCAGGUGCAGGAUUGGCUGGAUUGUUCCUGGCCAAUUUGCUCGAACGGGCCAACAUUCCUUAUCAGCUCUUUGAACGGGCCAAGGAAGUCCUUCCACUGGGUUCCAUUAUGUGCCUGACCGCAAACAUUCUGCCAGUGUUUGAACAGCUGGGGCUAUACGACGACCUCAUGAAGGUGUCACAUCCAAGUCUGAGCACCAAGAUCUUGUCUGCUGACCUAAAGAAGAUCGGCGAGUUCAAUGCCGAGAACGACAUUGAGGUUACUGGAUACCAUCGGGCACUGUUUUCCCGACCAGAGCUAUACAAAAUCCUACUCUCCCGCAUCCCACCGCACAAGAUCCACAUGUCCAAGAAGGUGAUGUCCUUUUUGCAGAAUAAGGACGGCGUGAUGGUGCGUCUACAGGAUGGUUCUACUGUUCAUGGCGACAUCCUUGUGGGAGCUGAUGGGGCACAUAGUGCUGUCCGUCAAACCCUCUAUCAGGAGAUGGAGAAGCAAGGAAAGUUACCGCAGUGCGAUACGCGAAGGAUGAUGAAAGGAUAUAUAUGUAUGGUGGGCACAACGGGUCCAUUAGACCCGGCCAAGUAUCCCGGCGUUGAUGUCCCUGCAUCGGAUGGUACGCUGCUUAUUGGUAACAGCUCAUCGCCAUAUGCAUGGAGCAUGUUCUCGGUCCCUGGGAACAAAAUGUGUUGGAACGUGGUGCUGCAGCUGGACGUGGAUGCAUCCGAGGACGAACAGUUCCGAAACUCGGAGUGGUCUUCGAUCACGAACAAAAGAAUGAUCGAGGAGGUUUACCAUUUCAAAACACCGUACGGGAUCAUGGGUGACUUAAUCGAUGCCACGCCCAGUGAACAGAUUAGCAGAGUAUUUUUGGAAGAUAUUCUCUACGAGACUUGGCACCAUAUGCGGACAGUACUCAUUGGAGAUGCUGCGCACAAGUUGCUGCCAAGUACUGGCCAAGGAGCCGUGAACGCAAUGCAGGACGCAGUUGUCCUUGCUAACUGCCUCUAUGAUCUUACACCAUUAUCCAUUGACGGUAUCAAGACCGCGUUGAAGGAUUACCGCGAGCAGCGUUUCGCCCAUGUGAAAACUCAAUACGAAGCAAGCCAAAUGGGUGCAAAACUACAAUACGGCCAUACUUGGCAGGAGCGUAUUCUAAGGCACUUCGUCUUCAACUAUAUGCCGAAAUCAGUACAACGGAACCAUAUUUUGAAGGAUUCUCAGUACCGGCCUCAAGCAAUGUUUCUUCCCCCGGCACCCAAGCGCGGCUCAGGCCCAGUUUUGGCACAGAAGCCCUCAAAGCGAUACGCGGAGAAGCAGACCAUGUCAGGUUCGACAAUGGUGGUUUAGUAAUAAAUAAAAGACUCAUUCAUGAGGUGCUCUUUGAUCAAAUGCUUUAGCCAGGCAUCUCAAUAAAAUGGCGUACCAGUGCCUGAUCUUCAAUCUUUUUUUCUAGGGAGCCUUGGGAAAACUUGUGCGUUAUUGAAGGCGUAUGCGCAUGAGGGCGUAGAGCCUGCAACAGCACAGCAUGCCUCGAUGCAUCAAAUUGAUGGCGGCAUUUAAAAGACCUUUUGCCUAUGUACAUCUUUGUCUUAGUCCACUUUGUCUUUAUCUCUCAUUCUCAUUCUCAUUCUCAUUCCCCUUGCUUCCUCCUCUCUCGGCACCAUUCUACGAUACUUGGUUUCAAAAUGAACGGC